AUGUCAAAGCGUACAACAAAGGCGCAGGCGAGCAGUGCGCGGGCAGCCACGACGUCUUCCUUCGGCGCUUUCGGCAGUGCGUCAGCGGCAUUCAGCGCAAGCACAUCACCCCUGUCCUACGUGACCGAACCCCCACAUCUAUCCGCCAUCUCAGACCCGAACGUCAUCGUCUACUUCCGGAACCUCUCCAAGAAGGACAGCACCACCAAGGCGAAGGCGCUGGAAGACAUACAAUCAUAUCUAUCGUCACUGCAAGAGCCAGUGGAAGAGGGCCUGCUGGAGGCAUGGAUCAAGAUAUACCCACGAACCUCGAUCGACAAUGCGAAAGCGGUUCGCCAGAAUGCCCACCUCGUCCACGGACAGUUCGCCGUAUCCGCCGGCAAGCGCAUAGCAAGACAUAUGCCCAAGAGCGUCGCAGCAUGGCUAUGCGGUCUCUAUGAUAGCGAUAGGUCCGUAGUAGACGCGACGCAGACCUCCCUCAGACAGGUCUUCAACACACCCGAAAAGCUCCAGAGCAUCCGGAAGGUCUACCAACAAUUCAUACUAGAGUAUUGCCGGGAUGCGAUAGACAAGGAGAGCACAGCGACUCUAAGUGACGAGCGAGUAGUCAGCAAAGACGACGCCGAAGCAAAAUACAGCCGCGUCAUCUCUGCAUGCAUAUCCUUGCUGGGUAGUUUGUUGAACAACCUACAACCUGAGGAGCUAUCCAAGUACCAGACCGACUACGAGUCUCUCAUUGGAGAUAAGAAGCUCUGGCAGUUCGCCUCAUACAACGACGCUGGCAUACGGCGCUCAGUGCACCGUCUCCUGAGGACAUGCCUCACCAAGGAGGACGUUGCUGUUCAAGAACACCUCGACACUCUCAGCAAGGCCUUUCUAGCCGAGGCCUUGAACUCCGAUCAGACCGGUUCCGUCAGCGAUUAUGUCGAGUCCCUCACAACACUCACAUCCAAGCAUCCCUCCGUAUGGACAGACAACUACAAGAGCAAGACUGGAGUCGAGAGGCGCCUACGGCAGUUCUUGAAGAAAGGCUCUCAACUAGGACCACGCGACACGUGGGCACGGGUGCCUGAGCUCCUGAAGAUAGUUCCGAAAGAGAUCCUGCCACAAUCUAGUGCUGAUUGCGCAGAGCUACUCAACGCCCUGCAUGGCGGUAUUAUUCGCAAGGACGAGCCCAAGUACAAUCAUGAAGCAGGAUUCAAAGCCUACCUCGAAAUAGCUGGUCAACUCACCCAGCCGUUGAGUGAUGAUGAAAGAACUAAGCUCCUCGAAGAGAUGGUGUUGCCAAUCAUCACGCAGUAUCUUCGCCCAUCGUUGGAGACAUCAGACUGGGCUGUGCCAUCCAACGCGUCAAGCCUAAUAUCUAAAGCACUAGAAAUUGAAGGAAUGAAGAUUGUGCUCGAACAGCGUUGGCCUUCCUUCUCACAGCAGUUGAUCGAUAACAUCAAGACUUCAGCCCCAGAGCAGUCAAAGGAUUACGAGAAGUCUCAGACGAAUGUCAUCCAGCACGCCACACGAUAUGCGACCAUGCAAGAACAAGCGCUUACCAUCGAGACUUUGGAGUCGUUGCGAUCAGUCCUUUCCCAGGCGUGCUCUUCAAUAGUAGCAGAAGCUCUCGAAGUACUCAAGAACAGAAAUGGGAAACCGUACGCCGCAGCAGGUACGAUUGCGGCCUUACUAAAGCGCAACCCAAGUUUGAUAUCGUCUACCAAGGCUGAGCAGAAUCUAGAGCUGUUUAUACAGCAGGAUCUUCCAGAGCUGGUGUUGUCUCCCUCGUCCUCUUAUCUGAUCGAUAUACUAUACACCAAGUCGGACCGCACGUACUUCAAGGACGCGUGGAGCGCGUCUCUCAAGACUGUUCUUAGAGAUGCAGACUCUCCAGCAAAGACAAAAGCUCUCGAAGCAAUCCUCACCUCAUCGAGAAUACCAACGUCAUUUGGCCUUGCCACAUCGGAUCCUGAAUUGCAGAAGUACAUAACCACGAAUGUACGCGAGGCUGUCGAGGGCUCAGCCGAAUGGGAUUCGUUCAGCCGCAUGCUUCAAUCACCAGCAAGGAUACUUACUCCUGAAACAACUGAUGAAAUCCUCGCUUACAUGACGGAAACGCUAUCAAUAUCGAACCAGGCCCCCUACUCGUUGCAAGGUCUACGCCAAAUUGUCAAAUCGAAUCCAACAAUGCUACGAGAGUUUGUCGCUAGUUCACAGGGUGCUGGUCUUCUCCAAGGCCUACUUCUCGCUUCAGAAUCCCCAGAUGAUGAGGUCGCGCAGGGCGCUAAAACUGUUAAUGCCUCGAUCCAAACCAUACUGUCAUCUGGCUCGGACUCCAAACAAUCCAUAUACAAUCUCGUUCAGCAAGGCCUGCGCGACGCUACCCCGACAUCUGUCUCAGUCGAAACUUUGGUCGACUUGGCGAAGCAGUCAGUCAAAGCCGGUAGUGAUUGGGAAGGAAUUUCCCUCGUGUUUCCCAGUAUCGAAGACUGGAAUGCAGCUCUUGAUCCGUUUCUCAAUGCUGCGCCAAAGUCGUCUUUGGCUAUCACGAAUCCACUUGGGGGCGCCGUGUAUCUCGUCAAAGAUGGCCAAUUGCCUUCUAAGAUCAGAACUAUGUCUCGCGAUGCUGACGGCUACUCUGCUGCAUACCGUAUCACACAGUAUGUCACAAGGCUUUUCAAAAGCUCAGACCUUUUCUCUGUUGACAAGGUUCCUUCUGCGCUUCGAGCUGCCUACCUUCGUAACAUUGCGGUUUCUGUGCAGCUUGCAGAUGACAACCUUGGACUUGCCGGCGCGAAUGGCUUCUGGGCACAAUACAACUCGGACGUUGAAGCUGAGGCGAUGACCUUCAUGUCGGAUGCGCAGUCAUUCGUGACACACGAGCUGAAGAAUCUUGUUGAAACGUGGUCGAAGGACGACGACAACGCCCCGCUGUUGUCUUGGGCAACCUCACUAUUAUCGGAGAUAGAUGUCGGCGCAACUUCUCCAGCAUACUAUUACGCCCGAGCAUAUGCUGUCUUGAUAGCCGACGCUAUUGAGAUUACUGGCUGGAAAAAUUCACAAACCGCCAAACUUCAGGAAACGCUGAAAACUACGCGAAGUUCGAAAAACGUCCUCCAGCUCCUUGCGUUCUUGAACGCUUUCAAAGAGCCCUUGUCGUAUGCAAAAGCUUGCGAGAGAAUGUGCAAUGAGAUCGUCGCCGAUCUGACAGGCCUUGAUGUCCAGCAUAAGUCGCAAGAGGCACUGCAACAACUUGUGCUGUUGAACAGUGUCAUGGGCCAGGAAGGUAUCUUGGAGAGCAUCGCCGGUCCUCGACUGAUGCGUUUUAUCCAGCAUGUCAUCCCGUGGCUGCAAGAAGACACAGUCAACCGUUCUACUAAAGCAGAGUUGUGCCGCGCGUUGUCGGUACUGGUUCCCCUGAUCUUCGAAAUGUACGGUGAGCACUGGGUCGGUAUUUUGAGUGCGCUUUCCACGAUUUGGUCGGCCACAAAAGAGCUGGAAGCGAACGAGUCUGGCAUGGACACUCCAAUCCCCCUCGUACACGCAUCGUUGAAGCUCUAUGCACAACUGCGGGCCUUGACCCAAGCCGAAGAACCAAACGAUGAUCUUCUCGAUGCAUGGAAAGAGAACGAGCAAGCUGUUGCUGAUGGGCUCAUCAACAUCCUGAAGCAUUCACAACAUUUCCCAGACGAAUUUCAUCAGCCUCUGAAGAUGGUCAACGAUGUGUUAGCGCGUCAGAUCUCCAAGGUGUCACUCAAGCAUCUGGAGUCUACCGAGGAACUUUUCCCUCUUCUCUACGUGGAGUCUCAACCGGUUCAACAGACAGCUUUCGACAUCCUACACAAGCAGAUCCCUGCAUCUCAGGAGCAAGUGUCCAUUGACGCAGCAUUGGAGAAGACGACUGCCCGAUUACCUGAGGAAUUGCUGUCAUUGAUCAUCGAUGCGCCCACGGUCACGGCACUUGCCGAUGCCAACUUUGAGCGUAGUGUGCCCUUACCAUUGCGAGGUUAUCUAUUGAGCUGGUUGCUUGUCUUCGAUCACCUAGAGAAUGCUUCCUUCAAGGUCAAGAAUGAUUAUGUUGAGCAUAUCCGAGAGGGUGAGUACCUUCCUGGCCUUCUCGACUUCAUGUUCGACUUCCUUGGCCAUGCCCACAACAAGCCAGUCGAUGUCUCCAAGCUUGACAUCACGACGUAUGAAGCGGACCUUGAACCACCUAAGCGUGAUUUGCAAUGGUUGUUAACACAUCUUUACUUCUUGUGUUUGCGCGACGUCCCGUCUUUGACAAAGACCUGGUUUAAGAGCUGCAAAUCACGCGCCAUAGUCGUUGCGCUCGAGCCAUGGACAGAGAAAUACGUUUCGCAGCCUGUGAUCGUUGCCGCCCUCGAUGCAGUAAACACAUGGUCGGAAGAGCAAGCCGCAGCUGAGCCCGACUCGGCCUUCGCGGUAAAAGUUGUCAACCGCGCGCGCGAGAUUACUGCAUCAUAUGUGGUCGAUGAACAAACUAUGGCGAUGCGAAUCUCUCUGCCACCCGCCUUUCCUCUCGCAAAUGCUCACAUAGAAGGCCUGAACCGCGUUGCUGUCAAUGAACAGAAAUGGCAAUCUUGGUUGAGGACUUCGCUGGGAGCUAUUACGAUUUUCAACGGCAGCCUAAUCGACGCGCUGACCACGUUUAAGAGGAACGUCGAUGGAGCGCUCAAGGGCCAGAGCGAGUGUGCCAUCUGCUACAGUAUAGUUGGGUCUGAUCGCAAGUUGCCUGACAAGAAGUGUCACACUUGCAAGAAUCUUUUCCACGGACUUUCUUCUGUCGAAGUAUCUGUUCUGACCGUCGCUUCUAUACUUCAUGAUAUGAACUUACCGUCUUCUACUAAUCAACUCUCGCCAAUCAUGUCGUCAACCAAUCCUCAGCCGAUCCUAGAGUUCAACUACGACAUAUCCUGUCCCUUCGCCUACAUAGCCUCAACACGCGUACAGUCACUAGCCCAUCGUACUCACGCUACCCUGAUCUACAAACCCGUUCUCCUAGGCGCAAUUUACCGCGCAACAGCCGCACCUCAAGGCGCCGGCGGCUCAGCAUCCGAUGUCUUCAACUCAGCCAAGAAGGCGGUCACAGCGCAAGGUAUGCAACGUACAUUGCGCAGAUACAACAUUCGGUACAACCCACCACCUCAGCAUCCUCGCAAAACGGUGAAUGCACUGCGUUUGUUGUACUGUGUCAAAGACCAUGAACAGAGGAGGAUGUUGACAGACAGGCUGUUCCAAGCUUAUUGGGCAGAAGGCAAGGACGUGAAUUCCAAUUCUACCAUCCUGCAGAUUGCCAGGGAAUGCGGUAUCGAAAAUGUGGGGGAAGAAUCUUUCGCUGAUGCAGGUGCGAGGAAAGGGUUAGAAACUUCUACUGCCGAAGCAAUCGAGAGAGGUGCUUUUGGUGUCCCUGGAUUUUGGGUCCCGGAUGCUCUUUGGACGAACGCGAAUGGUGAAGAAAAGCGAGGGCGGUUUUUCUGGGGUCAGGAUCGCAUGCAUUUCGUUGAGGCGACGUUACUCUCCCUUUCAUCAUCAUCAUCAUCAUCAUCAUCAUCAUCGCGAUCGCCAUCUGGAAAACCGUGGACACAUGUACCGGCACUCAAGAGCUUGAUGCCGCGGUGCGUACCCAGUAAUGAUCCUCAUGGCCGGGUAAAAGUCGAAUUCUGGUUCGACUUUAGCAGUCCGUGGGCGUUUCUGGGGUACACACAAUUGGAACGACUAAAGAAAUCAUUUGGCAAGGACUUGGAAAUUGUCAUGAAGCCGUUUCUCCUGGGUAUCUUGUUCCGAGAGAUCGGUGCGCCAAAUCUGCCAAUGGCGGCGGUUAGCCCGGCGAAAGCGCUGUGGUCGAGACAAGACCACGCGGACUGGACCGAGUACUGGAACGCGAUAAGUCGGCAAGAUGGUGGAAGAGAAGUCGAGUUCUAUUGGGCAGACAUCUUCCCCAUCCGGACACCGACUGUGCUGAGGGUUGCGCUUGUGGAGCCGGAUACCACAAAUCUGUUGUUCGAAGCAUGUUGGUCUCACAACCAAGACAUGUCCAACGACACCGUGCUCCGUACCGUUCUCGACCAAGGUGGUUUCAACGGCGCUGAUCUUAUUGCUCGCGCGAACAAACCCGCAGUCAAAGCCAAGCUGCGGGCCGCUACCGCAGAGGCAAAAGAAAUGGGUCUCUGUGGCGUACCCACGUAUCGUGUGCUGAGGCAGGGGGAUAAAGGGGAGUGGGAGGCGGUUGGUGGUCUGGUCUGGGGUCAAGACGAAAUCAACGUUGUCGAAGACCUAAUUGCUGGAUGGAAUCCUGAAAGUUCAGGACAAGCGGCUAGGGUGAUGAGGAAAGAGAAUGGCGUGGGUUCGAAAUUGUGA